AUGACGCUACUGUUGUUGACUAAAUAUAAGGUGGUGAUGAAUCAGCUUGGAGAAAAUCUGAACAACAACCUCUUACUCAAAAUCAGCAAGAUCACGGAGAUGAUUACCGACUUCAGAAGGAGGAAACUGGAGGUCGAUUCUGGCUCCUCCAUCAGAAGCUUCACCCCGAACCCUGCACCCCCUCUUGGGACACUGAGGCCUGCGCUCCAACCCAAGGGAAUGAAGGCCUGGCUGGUCUCCCUGCUGCUGGUGGCCGGACUCAGAGGAACCGUGCCGAGACAGAUGUUCAGGAAGGAACCGGAGAACAGGACCUCGAUCGAGGGUGAGACAAGUUUCCUGGAGUGCGAGGUGGAAGGCAUCUCUGGUCCUGUCCAGUGGGUGAAGGAUGGGCUGCUGUUGGGGCCAGAUCGAAACUUGCCGGGCUUUCCCCGCUAUAGCAUGUCUGGUGACCAAGCUGCAGGGGUGUUUGACCUGCAGGUGGAGAAGGUGAGGCUGGUGGAUGAGGGGAGUUACCACUGCCAGGUUGGACGGUCGGAUUCUGGCCCAGGACUCAUUUCCCGAACUGCCUGGCUCCAGGUCCUGAUUCCCCCGAGAGGUCCACAUUUCCAGGAGCUGGCUGUAGGGGACAUCCCAGACUGGGUGGCUGGAAAGCAGUAUUCACUAACAUGUGAAGCACAGGACUCAAAACCCGUGUCCAACAUCGUCAUCGUCAAGGGGGACAAGAUCAUUACUCCAGUAAAGACCACUGUCAAACAAGGUUCAAACCAAAAAGUCUUCAGUACGCUGUCCACCAUCAGUUUUAUUGCAAAGAUUUCGGACAAUGGCAAGGAGAUGAGAUGUUUAGCGAUGAACCAGGCUUUGGUCGAUCCCCGGAUUACAUACUUCACCAUGAACAUUCUAUUCCCCCCGCAGAAGCCGAAGAUCAAAGGUUAUGAUGGGCAGCCAGUGAGAGCAGGAACAACCCUUGAACUGACCUGCAUUUCUGGAGGAGGCAACCCAUGGGCCACCCUCCAGUGGCUUAAGGAAGACACAGUUCUUUCCAUGAUCUGGGAAACAGGAACGAAGAAGGGGCCAGCAAAGAGCGUGCUGUCCUACCCUGUAACGCUGGACGAUAAUAGGGUCACUCUCAGCUGUGUGGCUAGCAACCAAGUAACAGUGACACCGCUGAGUACCAACAUCUCUCUCCACGUGGUCUUCCCACCGGAACGAGUGCUGAUCACUGGGACCCCCCAGGCCACAGAGGGCAGUGAAGUCUCCGUGUCCUGCCAGGCCUCCGCCAGUAAUCCCCCUGCACGACUCCAAUGGUGGGCUAUUGGCAUGGAGUUCAACGUGACUGAGGCCACCUACCCAGAGGGCACCGGAUGGUCCACAACCUCCAAUGCCACCUUUGUGGCCCAGCGCUCAGUGGAUGGGACAAGCCUGGUGUGUGAGGCCGUGAACGAGGCCUUAGCAUUGGCCACCAGCUCCAGUGUCAUCAUCACCGUCUUCUACCCGCCUGAGAGGAUCUGGAUCCAGGGACCACCCAAGGGUGCUGUGUUCCAGGCUGGGACCUCCGUCACGUGGAGCUGCUUCGCCAGUGGGGGAAACCCGCUGGCAAACCUCACUUGGGCCAAGGGGGGGGAGCAGGUUGGGUCGGCGGUGGAGCAGACUCUGGGCAGGCUGGCCGUCUCGAGGCUCACUGUUGUGACGCAGCCCAGCGACAACCAGGCGGAGUACCGGUGUAACGCAGAGAACCAGGCCAGCGAGGGUGCGCUCAGUGCACGCACAUGGGUCGGUGUGCAGUUUGCUCCAUUAUCCUUGGGGAUCGAGGCUCCAGCCACGCCUGUCCGAGAGGGAGAGAACUUCACGCUGGUCUGCCGAGCGGGAGAGAGUAAUCCAGCCGUCCGCAUCUCCUGGAUCAGGAGAGGAGAACGGUGA